UCGUCGACGCGAACCCAACCGGAAAAAGGAAAAAAAAAAAAGGAAAAACUUUUCCGUGGGAGAGGAAAGUGUCGUGCCGUCUCGGUCUCGCCCCGCCCACAGGUUGGUGCCGCCGCUCGCCUCCUCUCCUCUGUCCCGAUCCGAUUGCCCGCCAGACGCCGCCGCGGGCCGAUCUGGGGCUCCGUGCAAGGUUGGUGCUCUCGUGAUUGGAUCAGCGUGUAGUGAUUGGAUCCGCGCGAAUCGGUUUGACUGGUGUGGUCGUGUUUGUUGCUUGGUACUAUCGGAUUUGUGUGUUUUUUUUAGGCUGGGAGACGAUGUGAGGCAGUCGAUUUGGCCUUCAGAAACAGCGGAGGAGUGUGAAGGAUUCCGAAUCUGCUCGUGUUUGAUGAACAGUUUGAUGGUUGCCGGCGGAUGGGGGAGUUCAUCCAGGCCCGCAGCCUGCUGGUGAGACGCCGCGCCGCGCAUGGUUGCUUGUGGCCUCUCGCAUCACAUGUGAACGUCGUGCCAAAUCAUGAAGCAUGUGCGGCUGGCUACAUGGAGAAGAUAUGCUAAUAAGGAAGGUUUCUUCUUGGCCCUUGCGUCGAGAUGGAUAAAGCAGCGAGCUUUCUUGCCGUGCCUGGCAUAUUAAGCUAUGAUGAUGCGGAGGGGUUAUGGCACGAGGUUUCGUGGUGAGCAUGGCAAGGACAAUUGCUUAGGCGUGUGGUUGAAAGUGCUGGUUGACUGCGUGAAUUGUGUGUAUCUGGGUGAUAGGGAUUCCGGGUGUAGAUUGCUUCGCCCGUUUGCUGUUGGUUGUCUGCCUUGCGCCAGUGGUGCCUAAGCAAUCUUUACUUGCGGGGGAAACAAAUAGGAGUUGGCUUCAUGCUAAGAUUGUGUGAGGAAAUUGAUUAACCAAAGGUGCAGAGGUUCAAUAUGUAUAGGCUAAGGAUGAGAAUGAGAUAGAAGAACACUGGUCCUGCAGAAGAAAAUCAGCUUAUACUGAAGACCAGCCCAUCCGUAGCAAUGGCACAAGAGAGCUGGAAGCAGGAGUCCCACGCCCCUGAUGCCCCAAUAUUGUGCAUAAACAACUGUGGUUUCUUCGGCAACAGCAUGACAAACAAUAUGUGCUCGAAGUGCUACAGAGACUUCAUUAAGUUGAUGGAAACGGAUGCCCCUGUGGUGGAGAAGAAGGUGAUUGCGGCAGCCUCUUCUUCCAUGACACCAUUUGAGACAGCGAAGCGAGGUGAUGCGCCCGCAGCCAUUGCCAUUGCAGCUGUGGAGGAGAUGCAGGCAGCACAGGAGCCUCCAAAGCCACCCAGCAACAGAUGCCUGACCUGUCGCAAGAAGGUCGGGUUGACUGGUUUCCAGUGCCGCUGUGGCGGAACCUUCUGCUCCAUGCACCGCUACACCGAUUCCCACAAGUGCACCUUCGACUACAAGAAGGUGGCCGAGGAGCAGAUCGCCAAGCAGAACCCUGUUGUGAUAGCUGAGAAGAUCAACAAGAUCUGAUGGAUGGUCAUGAGAGGAUCAUCGUUUAAUUCAUAUUCUUGGGUGCCCGGCUCCAAGAUUACUUCACUCAAUAGGUUCCUUGAGGUCUGCUGGUUUAGUGUGCUAGGGUCUCAAUUGUGUCUAUCCUUCUCCUGUAUCAUGGUUUAAUUCUCUCGAUUGUGUAAUAAUGUAAAUAGAUAUCUUCAAACUGUGUAAUAUAAUCCUAUUUCUUUUCUA